UUUUUUUGUCUCUCACAACAUUCUUCUUAGUUUUAACUUUUCUCUGGGCUAACUUGUUGCACUAAUGAACCAUUCAAACAGAAACAGUUAUGACAUUUCGACACCGAAUGCGAGCAGCUACCUCAACUAGAUAACUACUAGAUAACUACUACCGAAUGCGAGCAGCUGCUGAAUUUUCCAUUUGUAAUUCACUAUUGAUAUUAUAGGAUGACAAGGAAGAGAAAGCUAGUCAUAACCGAAGGAGAGGUACCUCAACCAACUAGCCCUUACUUCCAGUGGAAUGAAUCCCUUAAUGCAUUGCUCAUACAAUGCAUGGUGGAGAUGACUCAAAGGCAUCAUGUGGAGAAUGAAUCCUUCAAGAAUGGGGCCUUUUCGGAGCUGGAGAAUAUGAUGCUAGAGAGGUCUCCUGGAUGCGGGGUAAAAGUAGAACCGAACAUUCGCUCUAGGCAUAAAAAGUUGAAAAAAGAUUUCCACGCUAUACAGUUGGUGCGUAAUCAAAGCGGCUAUGGGUGGAACAAUGUAACAAAGACUCCAACACUGGAUGAUGAUGUCUUUGAAGCAUUGAUUAAGGUUCACCCAAACUGCAAGAAUCUUAAUAGGAAGCCCUUCCCAUUCUAUGAUGAAUUGAUAAAGGUGUUUGGAAAAGUUGGCCCUGCAAAUGGAAGAAAGGUUGCUGGUAUUACUGAUGUGGUUGAACCUGCUUUCGUGGACGUGGAUGGCAUUCAGACACCAAUUGAUGUAGAAGGCCUAGGGAUUGAGAGCUUUAUAGAAGAUUUGAUCAAUGAAGGGAUCGAGAUCUCCUAGAGAGUGGUUGUGACCCCACCAGCUCAACCAACACAAGGGGCCAACAACUCCGAUAUGAAGAAGAAGGCUAUAAAGAAGGAGAACAAGACGGACAAUGCAAUUGCUGCUGUGGCCGAGGAACUGGGAGGAUUGAAGCCUAUAAUAUCGAAGGCACUUGAUGCUCUUGGAUCAAUUGUAGGUGAUAGUGAGGAAUAGGAUGGUAGGGAGGCUGCAUUAAUGGCAGAAAUAGGGAAAAUUCAAGGACAUGGAACGCUGCCAAGUCCUUGAUGUUGCAAUGACCUUAGUUGAGAAUGAUCGGAAGACAAGACUCUUCUAUGCUCUCGACAAUGAGGAGGACAAGAAGUAUUUUCAUUCAUAACUUGUUACGUUGAUUGCCAGGGCUAGCAAGGGACAAUAUUAGGUUGUAUGUAUGUAGGGGAAUUGAUUUUGGGAUAUGAAACUUGUGUGUACUGAACACAUAUAGUAUGGAUAGGAAACUUGUGUGUUUUUGGGGAAAGUAGGAGGUGGAAGAUUAGAGAUUUUGAGAGUUUUCAAUCCAUCCCAACGUGUGUCUAAUCCUUUAAAGAAUGCAAUGCAAACUGGUUGUGUAUGCCUACCUCAAGUAGGCUGUAAGUAUAUUUUCCAGAUGUGUUUUUAGGUUGUAUUGUAGUUGUUGGUUGUUGUAUACUUGGUUGAACAUGUGUUGUUUUUAAACUUUGCAGAUGGAAACACAAAACUGCAGGGUGAACAUGGAUGCAGGCUGUAUGUGUGUGCUUAAUGAAACGAGCAUCUGCAA